AUGGCGGUCUUUGGGCGGGUCAGAAAUCUUAGUUCCUUCUCUACCCAACGCGGGGGAUCCCUCCGGCUCCUCUCCUUGUUCGCGUCCUCCUCUUUCAGAAGCAACCCAGAUCCUCCCGUCCCGUUCCCAUCUUUCCCGCGCGACAAAGCGCAACUCUACGCCUCCUUCUUUACUACACUGAUCGAGGCCUACUUGUCGUGCGGCCGAGUUUGGCAAGCGGAGGACACAUUCUACAGGAUGCGGCAGCUCGGGCUGAACCCGAGUCUUCGGCAGUGGAACCGGCUUCUGUUCAAGUUCAAUUCCUCGGGGCUGAUUCCUCAGGUACAGCUCGUGUACGCGGAAUUGCUCCGUUGUCACAAGACAUUGAACGUAUUCUCCCACAAUGUCUUCAUCCAUGCCCUUUGCAAGGCGGGUAGAUUGAAAAUCGGCUUGGAAGUGCUCAGAUCAGAGGAAAUCGACGCUGUUACGUUCAACACUUUCAUGUGGGGCCUCUGUGAGGAAGGUAUGGUGGAAACCGCAGUUGGAUUGCUGUCAGAAAUGGUCAAGAGGGGCGUCGAGGUGGAUUCGAUCACUUGCAACACCUUGGUCAAGGGUUUCUGUCAGAAGGGUUCAUUAGAAAAUGGCGAAUCCUUGAUGGGAAUGCUGGUUAGCGGCGGAAUCGACAUGGAUAUUGUUGGGUACAACACCUUAAUUGAUGCGCACUGUAAGCUGGGGACAGUGAGUGAUGCCGUCAGCUUGAUGGAGGAUAUGCGGAACAGAGGGUUGGCGGCCGAUGUUAUCAGUUACAAUACUUUGGUCAAUGGAUUUUGCAGAACUGGGGAGCUGGACAUGGCCAAGACUCUGUUGGAAGAGAGGACUUUGGGUAUGGAACCUAAUGUGGUGACAUACACUAAUCUCAUUGGUGAGUAUUGUCGGCAAGAUGGCCUUCAAGACGCGUUCUCAUUGUACGAGGAGAUGGUAAAGAGUGGAAUUCUGCCUGAUGUUGUGACGUACAGCUCCCUCAUAAAUGGGUUGUGUAGGAGUGGCAGACUUUCUGAGGGUUAUCUGCUCUUCAGGGAGAUGGAGAAGAUGGGUGUGACCCCGAACCACGUUGCAUACUCCACGCUUAUCCAUUCCUGCUUCAGAGAUGGAAGAUUUUCGAACUCCCUUGCUCUUCAGUGUGAAAUGGCCGUCCGGGGCAUCCCGUUUGACAAGGUUCUGUGCUCUACGCUACUCUAUGGGUAUCUUAAAAUGGGAAGACUCGACGAAGCAGAAGAGAUAUUUCAGACGAUUUCAGAUCAUCAAGGUGUUAAUCGUACUGUUGUUUGCUCUGAACUGGUUGAUGGAUACUGCAAGGCUGGGAGAAUGAAGGAUGCAGAGUUAGUGGUGAGUGAAAUGCUCACAAGGGGCAUUGGUGCCAAUGUCGUUACUUACUCUUCCCUCAUCCAUGGAUACUGUAAGAAUCAAAUGCUCGACGAAGCUUCUGAUUAUUUUAGGAUCAUGGAAGAAGAAGGCGUCCCCCCAAAUAUUUAUAGUUUCUGCACGAUGAUUGAUGGGUUUUUCAAGAAUGGCAGAGAAGCUGAGGCCCAUCAGAUUUACGAGAAAAUGGUGAAAGAUGGCCUGAGAGAAAAUGAGUUCGUGCUUGAUGUACUGGUUAAUGGGUUGAGGAAAAAUGGGAGGGUGGAGGAUGCUUGUAAGCUAUUUAAGGAUGUGGUCGACAAGGGCUUGGUCCCUGACCUUGUCAACUACACUUCUCUAAUGGAUGGUCUCUUCAAAGCAGGAGAUGUAUCAGCUGCUUUCGGGGUUGGGCAACAAAUGAUGGAUAAAGGACUGACACCGGAUGUUGCCGUGUAUAACGUCUUCAUAAACUGUCUCUGUAAGCUUGGCAAAACUGAUCAGGCGAUGUCUUUCUACACCAAGAUAUUAGAUAUGGGUCUGUCUCCAGAUCAUGUCACAUACAAUACUAUGAUCGGUUCUCUCUGCCGAGAAGGAAAGGUGGAGGAGGCACUUAAUGUUAAAAGUGAGAUGACAAAAACUGGGACGAACCCUAAUAUCACCACCUAUAAUGCUUUGAUUGGGGGGCUGUUGGCGGAGAGGAAGGUGGAGGAAGCAAUGGAUUUUCUGAAGGAAAUGGCUUCUGCUGGACUGCACCCAGAUCCCUCUACUCAUAGGAAGGUCCUUCGUUCAUGCUCCAUGGCCAGGAACAUCGAUUCUAUUUUUAGAAUGCACAAUGAAAUGAUCAAGAUGGGACUUGCUGUUGACAGAACCGUAUAUAAUUCACUCAUCUUCAGUCUGUGCCUUGUUGGAUCGACGGGAAAGGCCACGGCGGUGGUGAAGGAUAUGGUGGAAAAGGGAAUUGAAGCAGACAUCUUCACUUACAAAGCCCUCAUUCUGGGGUACCACAGGAGUGGGCAUCUGAAGAAGGCAUUCGCCGUGUAUAAUGAGAUGCUGGAGAAGGGACUAAUACCAGAUGUAGCGACUUACAACACAAUGCUGCAGAGUCUCUCGACUGCUGGGUUGAUGCAAGAGGCCGAGGAGCUAUUGAUCGAAAUGGAGAAAAAGGGUACGAUCCCGAAUAGCAUCACCUACAAUACCAUGGUCUCUGGCCAUGCAAAGAAGGGCAACAAGAAGGAAUCGAUCAGGCUGUACUGCGAAAUGGUCCAGAAAGGCUUUGUUCCCACAGUAGGUACCUACAACGCACUCAUCAGUGACUUUGCCAGGGUUGGAAUGAUGAAUCAAGCCAAAGAGCUUUUUAAUGAAAUGCAGAGGAGGCGUUUAACACCAAGUUCAUCGACGUAUGACAUUCUAGUUAGUGGCUGGUCGAAGGUCUCUAAUGGUGCUGAGGUGAGGCGACUGCUGACGGAAAUGAAUGAGAGAGGGUUUGUUCCUCAUGCCACCACUAUUGGUAAUAUAAGCAAUACUUUUGCGAAACCAGGGAAGAAACUGUUCGCCAAGAACCUCUUGAAGAGCUUCUACAAAAGAGAGUUUUAA